AAAGCAGUGGAUAUUGUGUACCAGGAUUUUGCUAAGGCUUUCGAUAAGGUACAGCUUAAACGUUUGGUCUUAAAAUUGGAGACAAACGAAAUCACAGGAAACACACUCAAGUGGAUUUCUAACUGGUUACAAGAUAGACGGCAAAAAGUUGGU